CCGCAGCACGCACGACAAUUAGCCUGUGCUGCUCCGGCUGCAGGCAGCGAAGGCAGAGCCGGGUAUCAUCGGGACAGGACCGCAGGGCCGAACCGCAAAGUUGAAGACCGCAGGGUCAGGGAGCAGAGCAGGCUGCUUCAGCACAAGGAGCAGCUGCGGGAAGAGAGCGGGGCACACGGCACCUGCGUACCGCGUUCCCGGAGAUGGGACGCGGCAAGGGGCUGUCGAGCAGCCUGUCACGGCCGCAGCGCCGGGACUGGUCGAGUCAGUUCCUCCGCCGCCUCGUCCCGCAGCGGCCGCCUAGGCGCCGGCCCUGCCCUCCCUGUUGCUCGCGGGCGGGCCCGCACAUGCUUCCCGCGGCCGAGGGCGGACCGAGACGGUCGCGGAGUGCAGUCCCGCCUCGCCGCGCACAGAGGUGGACCGGGCCGCUGCGCCGCGACAGGACGAAAGGGAAUCGGAGUGACCAAGGAGCUCGACAUGGUGGCGGUGGUGGUGAUGGGAGUGAGCGGCUCGGGGAAGACCACCGUUGGAUCACGGCUGGCAGCGAAGCUCGGAUGGAAAUUCUAUGACGCUGAUGAUUAUCAUUCACCAGAAAACAGAAAGAAGAUGGCAGAAGGAAUACCACUGAACGAUGAGGACAGAAUUCCCUGGCUUUGUGCAUUGCAUGAUAUACUAAGAAGAGAAGACUUAUCUGGACAACAUACAGUUCUGGCCUGUUCUGCACUGAGGAAAAUGUACAGACGUAUAUUAGUUUGUGGAGCAUCUGGAAUUGAAAGCAAUCAGCCAGAGCAACCAGGAGAAAACACAGCACUGAAGAUCCUCUUUGUACACUUGGAUGGGCCUAUAGACGUCAUUGCUAGUCGCCUGGAAAAAAGGAGAGGACAUUUUAUGCCACCUGAACUUCUCAGGUCACAGUUUGAUACCCUGGAACCUCCUAGUGCACCAGAAAACUUUAUUACUGUCAGUCUAGAAAGAUCUCUCCCUGAAAUAGUGCUGGAGAUUGAAAGAGCCAUUUGUCAGCGUGAGGCUUCUCUGAGUGAGAUUCUGGACUAGAUAUACAUCCAUUCCCUUCCGGAUCCCAAGGGUAUGGAAGAGCAAUUUAAUUAUUUGACUGAUUAUUAAAUCAAAACAAUUUUGUUUUCCUGAUACUUAAAUGGAUGCAGUACUUUGAGCAGCUUUAGGACUCCUGCUGUCUUUAUCAUAACUCUGUAAAACACACAUAAGGUGAUUUUUUUUUAAUUGACAAUUUUUAAAAUCCUUAAGAGUUUGUUUUUGGAAAUGCUGCCAAGGGUCACACACAGUACUCUGUUUCCUUCAUUGUCAUUUUUGAUUUGUCAAACAUGGAUAUGGGCACAUCUGCUAUUAAGUGAUUAAAUAAUUUAUAGCUUUGUUAGCAACAACAGAUUUGUUUUUUCUAGAAGUACAAGAGGCAGGAACAUGCACGAUGAAGUUCUGGUACUACUAGUGUCAGAUUGCAGUUGUGUGUGGUUGUGUCCUUGCUAACCUCAACAGAGCACUGGUGGCAUUGUGAGGGCUUUUGUGAAUUCCUACUGUAUGCAUUGAACACUAACCUGAAGAACAUGAGAAAAAAGGUAGUGGAGGUGAGGCAAUAUUCAAGAUAUAAUCAUAUGGAAACCUUUAGAAAUAAAGUGGCAGCUCUUGGCUCUGAAUUUGCAUCUUUCAUGGCCAAAACGUACCCAUUAAUGAAGUGCAGUGGAGAGUGAGUCAGCAUGUGAUCUGUGGCACAUGGACGAGUGGUAGGCAUUUCUUCCCUUUAUAAAAGCUAACUUUUUCACAGUGGGAUCUUCUCCUUCACUUUUUCUGGUGCAAUUUAGUCUUCCACCUCAGCCCGUGACUGGUCCAAUAGAUGUUUACAGACAGGUGUUCCUACAAUUGCUUUAAAGAUUAAGAUCAAACUAUUUCUAAUAAAUUUUUUCACUUUGUUUGGGUUUUUUGGGUUUGUUUUUUUUUGGUGAUCAGAAAAUUGCAGCUAUCCAGUAUGUUACCUAACUCACAGAACUUCAGGAUAAAAUCUUUUUUGUCAUUGCCAAAGUGGUUUUAAAAUUUAUUUAUGCCAUGUUACACAGGAGUUGCCUUUUUGGCUUAACUGCAGAUAGUUUCUGCAAGAAUGAUCUGAGUCAUGUGUCAGUGGAGUCCCUCCCAUGUUGCUGUUGCACAUGAAUUAUUUUUAAUUUGUCUUUCAAGUUUGUUUCUAGGUUGAUGGAUAAACUUCUUUAGCAGCAAAACUUAUGUUUCAACACAUCUUUGGUGUUACCUGGAUAACUAACUGAAAAGUGCACCUUGGUUCUUAUUUUGCAAGAGUAGGCUUUUAUGGUUUACUCGACAAACUAUUAUGCAUAGAUCAGUGCAUUAAACAGGCAUUAUCUGACUGAAAGUGGGCAUUUUUAGGUGCAUAAUUGGGAGUAUGGACAUCAACACACCCACCUAGUUAGUGGUCUUCUGUUUGAGACCUGGAGGGAGAACAAUCACCACUUUCAGUCUGCUACUGUACAUUACAGAGGUACUAGAAAAAACUUUGCUCAGUUUAGACUGUUUUAUUCUGAGAGCCAAGGUAUAAGCUUAAGACUCAGGCAAAGUUAAAUAUGAGAGACAGCCAAAUCUGGCCAAUUCUUCAAUACUAAGCACACCUUCAGACCAUGUGUCUCUUCAGAACUCCCGAGUUCAGUAGUAAUGACAACCAGUAGCAAUGGCACCCUCUUGUGGAGCCUCUGCUUUUAGUAUUUUCCCAGCACACAAGUGUGUUUACAAACGCUUUUCUAUUAUAUUCAUUAUUAGAUAUAAAUUUAUGCUUCCAUUUUCAAGACACAUUGAAACUAGACUAGACACUGUGCAGUGAUGGAAAACCAGCUGACACAGUCAGCUAUGCGCAAAAGCAUUGCUCAGCAUUUACAGGUGUGAGUUCUGAGAACAGUGGACUAUAAUUUUCAGACCUUGCAAGUAUUUGUAGCAUGCUGACAGAACGGCUGGCACUAACAAAGAAACGUGCUCAAUACUUAACAGUCAUUCCUUUAGGGAAGUUUCUGUAAGCACCUCAGCAUUUGGAAGUCUUUUUCCAAACAAAAUGCUCUGUUCUUGCUUAUGGGCAGUUCGGGAUUCUUCAGAUUACACUGGGUAAUUUCCACUCUGCUCUCUUGACAAGAGCAUUUCCUUCCCUUAGCCUUUUAAUGUAUUUGCUUCCUGCAUUACUUCAAGACAAAUGAAGUAUUUGGAUGGAUGAGAUUUGUUGUUGGGGGCUCAUAGGCCUGAAAAUAGGCUUAAAUACGCCUUGCCUUGCCUGGACAUGUUUUUCUGCCCAAAUCAGAGGUAAACACGUUAAAUGGAUAAAGGGGGCACAAUAGGCCUGGUGCCAUAAAGUCUGGCCUGCCCAGGGUCCAGGUUGUGUAAUGUGUUUGUGUAACGUGGUUGUAUAAGUCCACACACCCAGCUCAUGUUUACCGGGUGCUAGGCCCAUGCUAUCCCCAUAUCUGGGAGGUCCAGGCUUGUGGAUUUUGCCUGUUAUGGUAAGGUUGGCUAACUGCCAACCUGAUUGGUCAUUCUAGUGGCCAAUGGGCCAUUAAUCUUUGACCACAUUAACAGAGGUACCCAGGUAAACAAAGUGCUUAGACUCACCCGCACUGCUUUUUGUUUAUGCCUGCCUGCCUGAAGCCUCACCUGCAGUGCAUCUACUUUAUUCUAUGGAGACAGAGUCUCCCAUGGGCUUCCAGGCAGCUGGGCACACCUGCACACCACUGUGGUGAGUUACCAGGACUAGAUCCUGUAUUGCCUGCCUUUGCAGAGCCCAGUCUCCUGUGCAGCUACACACCCUAUUGCAUGCCUGCUGCCUUAUUACUGCCUGGUGCGCACCACUGCUGCAAAGUUACCAGGAGCAGACCCACUUGUCUGCACGCAAUCAACCUGUGUGGUCAGCAUGGGACUGUGCUGAGACUGCACAGCAUCGUACGCCUUCUGCGCCUGAAGGUCCUGGACAGAGCAUCCAGAAGAAUCCAGGAUAAUAGGGUCAGAGACUGUCACUUCCCCAGAAGCUGGGAAGAGUCUCCCUUCCCCUGAAGCCAGGAGGAUUCCAGCCUCAACCUCCAUGGGCAAAGUUUCCCUGAAGAUUGGGCACUUGUAAUAGGCUGUGAUGUAGCCCUGGAGGGUGGCUGGUAAUUAAUCAGAAUUUGUGAGUAAAUGCUUUAAUGCCUCCGUAAUUUCUAUUGCUUCCUGCCAUAGAGCAGAAAGAGCUUCAGCCCACCUGCUGGGCAAGCAGCAUAUUGACCCCAAGCGGUACUUGCCACGGGGAAACUGUUUGCUAGUUAUUAAGAAGUUACUGUUUGAUAUUAUUCCCAGAAUGUCUUUCAUAACCAUGUAAGAACAAAUAUUAAUAUAAAAAUACAGUGGUUGGGGGUGUCGAGAGUUCAGAAUAUUGAAGUUAAUAAAUUAUGUAUUUUUAUAGAAUAUCAUCUCGCACCAGUUAAUUUCUCCCCUCUGCCACAACUGGUGUAGGUGACAGAAUCCCCUCUGCGACAAGGUUACUGGGAGGUUGUGGUUCAGAAUUAAGGGCAGGGACGGGUGAUGUGAGCCAGAGAUUUAACCACCCUGGUAUCUGUUAGAGAGGCAACACAAACACAGCAGUGCACAAGUAAUCUAUGAGCACAUUGAUGACCAUAUCCCUCUCCAGGUGGUUGUGGAGCCAACAAGGAAAUGUGCUGUGCUGGAAGUGUGCUCACCAAGGGCAGCUGGUAUGGAAUGUGAAACUCAAGGGCAGCCUUGGCUGCACUAACCAAAAAGUGGAGGAGCUCAGGAUCUGUAAGGCAACAGGGAAGGUGUGCAGCAGGCUCACUAUCCUGGACUUCAAAAUUGCAGACAUUGGCCUCUGCAUAGAUCUGCUACAUGUAGUAACAUGAGAUAAAGUCCUGCAGGGAAAAGUAACACAAGAAAACUGAUUAAUAUUCAAGGAUUCCUUCUCAAAGCCUGUUGUGAAGGGUUGCAAAGCCUUUUUGCAAAGCCCUCAUUUAUACAAAAUUGUGGCUCAAAUGAACCAGCCAUCGCGAAGUCAAAGCAUUGCUUUCAUCUGCUUGUAUGACGACAGCCGCUGUCCCAGCAGCCGUUACAGCCUCUGGGAAGAUUUCUCCCCCAGAAGGGCAGAAACUGUAAACAUAGGGUAUUGUUUUGGAAAAAAGGCCUUGGUUCUCAGACUUUAUGAGGACCCUACGCACACCUGCUGGGGGCUGACCCUUGGGUGGUACCACAGGUUGGUUUUGGUUAAAAAUUAGCCAAUGUGUCAAUUAAUUAUAACUUUGAACCAAUCUGUAUUCUUCAUGUAUGUUCGCCUGAGUUUGGCUAACACACCUCUUCUGAAACACUAUAAAAGAUGCUGCAUUUGCCUUAAUUGAGGAUGCCUCCUUUUUUGCUCAUUACUCUCUCUCGCUCACCUGCUCACACACGCAUUGGCAUUGCUCGGCAUUCGCAUCGCACCGCAGCAUCGAAGCUACAGCCGGCUCGGGAGGGCACGGUUACAGUCAGUGCUCCGAUCCUCCCCAGUCUUCGGAGGCCAGAGCCCAGCUUGGCCCGGACCUGCAGAGACUCGGACAGCGCGCCCCAAUCCACGAUAUUUGAGACUUUUCAGAACGGAAUUUGGACAGUGAGUAACUGAGACUUGAUAUAAAAGACAUAACUCUCUCUCAAAGCCACAGACUUUCUUCAUAAAUCCUUUCAAACUGUUGCCAAGCUCAUGAUUUCUUAUACAUAGUCAUUUUGUAAUUUAUUUUGCAACCGCAGACAAAGAACUAACGUGGGGUAGCUGCAAAUAAGUUUGGGGAAGGGAAUUCUCUGUGUUUGUGAUAAUAAAUCUCUCAAAUUCUUUCAAA